UUGUCGCAGUUGCUAUCUGAUAUCAUAAAGAUACGGAGUUUAAACUUAAAAUUUCACUACGGUUGACGAGAAGUAGUUUCGGUUUUUUGUUUUAUUUUAAAUAUUUAAAUUACAUCUGAAAGUUAAGUGAUUCAUCUUCGGGCGGUACUUUUAUAUUGAGAAUGUACAUGUACGAUCCACCGAAUAAGCAAACAUUUUCCUCAGUUGAAGAAUUCCAAGAAGCUUUCAAUUUGUUCGACAACCGUGGUGAUGGCAAAAUUCAAUUGAGUCAAGUUGGAGAAUGUUUACGCGCUCUGGGUCAAAAUCCAACUGAAUCGGACGUUAAAAAAUGCACACAUCAAUUAAAACCCGACGAACGGAUUUCCUUCGAAGUGUUUCUUCCGAUUUACCAGGCAAUCUCGAAGGCACGGUCUGGCGAUACAGCAGAUGACUUCAUCGAAGGCCUACGACAUUUCGAUAAGGAUGCAAGCGGCUUCAUAUCGUCAGCUGAACUACGACAUCUCUUGACCACGCUGGGUGAAAAACUGACCGACGAUGAGGUUGAGCAAUUGCUUGUUAAUCAGGAAGAUUCGCAAGGAAAUGUUAAUUACGAGGAAUUCGUUCGAAUGGUUAUGAGUGGUUGAAUGAGAAUGAGAUGAACAAAUUCAAUUACUAACAAUUCUAUUUAGAUUAGUAUUUAUAAAUGGAGUCCAUCUCAUCCAUUUUCCAUCGAAAGCUCAACCAUCUGUUGUAACUGCCCUAAACAAAUUGCCAAUGGGAAAUCAAUGGAACUUAAGGCAAAUUUAAAAAUAAUAUAGCAACAAUAAUUAUUUUAUUUAGAGCAACCGUUGCAGAUAUAAAUUAUUAACACAAAACGAAAUUUUUUUUAUUAUUAAA